GAGGGGGGGGGGGGGGAGGAGGAGGCGGGGGUCUGGAGAGUUAGCGGCCCGUCAUAAAGAAGGGGGCGUGGAGGUUCGGCAGAGGAGGGAGAAAACGAGAGAGAGGGAAGGAGAGAGAUAGUGAGAGAGGACGGGAGCAAGAGACAGAAGAUUGGAUACGAGGGGGAGGGAGGGAGGGAGGGAGGGAGGGAGGGGGGGAGGGGAGGAGGGGAGUAGAUAAAGUGGGGCGGCCACCAUGAGCUCCCCACUCCCUCACGCCUCCCCGAGCCCCAGCCGCCGGCUCCUGGACUCGGAGACGGAGCAGCUCGCCGCCCGCAGACCCUCCUCCCCGCGCCUCGGGGACCUGCUCGCCCCCCCGCCCGUCCCCCGAAGACCCUCCGCCAUCCCGGGCUACCUCCUCGCCCCCUACCGGGACCCCCCGACCCGCCACGCGGACCACCGGGGGCAGCCGCAGCUCCGUCUCUCCCAGCUGUCCCUGCUCCCCCCCGAGGGCCCCCUGGCGCCCCCGCCGGCCCCCCACCGGCCCCCGGCCCGGGGCCCCCCGCCGUGCUGCCGGGCCCCGGGCGCCGGGCCCCUGCUGCGGCUGGGCCUGCUGGCCUUCAGCGGGCUGUUCUGGGCGGCCGGGCUGGCGGUCUUCACGCUGGGCGUGUGGGCGCGGCUCUCGCUGGCCGACUACAUGCUGCUGUCGUCCAACCGCUACCCCAACGCCCCGCUGGUGCUGCUGGCCGCCGGCGCCGCCGUCACGGCCUGGGGCUUCCUGGGCUGCCUGGGCGUGGCGGCGGGGCUGCCCGGCGUGCUGCGGGCCUACGGGUUCUUCCAGCUGCUGACGCUGGCGGCGGGGCUGGCGGCGGGGCUGUGCGGCCUCUUCUACCGCCAGGACAUCGCCGGCGGCUUCCGCAGCGGGCUGCAGCGGGCGGUGGCCCGGUACGGCGAGGACGCGGGCCGCGCCGACGCGCUGGACUCCCUGCAGCGGGCGCUGGACUGCUGCGGCGCCGACGGGUGGCAGGACUGGCUGGCGUCCGACUGGGCCAAUCGGGACGCCGCCUUCUUCGGCGGGAACGGGACGGCCGCCGCCGCCGCCAGUGGCGGCGGCGUGGUCUCGCUGCCGGACAGCUGCUGCGCCCGGCGCAUGGGCUGCCGGAACAGGCUCCUCCCCCCGGAGCGGGAGGGGGGCGUGGAGGGGGUGGAGCCGGCGGAGGCGGAGGCGGCGGGGAUCCACCCGCACGGAUGCUUCCGGAAGGUGUUCAGCGUGGUCAACGACAACGUGUUCCACAUCGCGGCCUCCGUCCUCGGCCUGGCCUUCACCCAGGCGGGGGGCAUCGCCCUGGCCUGCCUGCUGGCCAAGCGGCUGGCCCCCAGGCUGCACCGGGGGGGGGCCCUCCUCCACAGGGGGGCCCUGCUCCCACCGGGACCCCCGUGCCUCUAGAACGCUGUCUCACCUCCACCUGAGCCCUCCUCCUCUGGACAGGGGGGUGGGUUCUCUGUUCUUAUGGACCGUGGGGUGAGACUGUGGGGUGAGACAGUGGGGUGAGGCCGUGGGGUGAGACAGUGGGGUGAGGCCAUGGGGUGAGACGGUGGGGUAGACGGACUCUUGGCCCAACGACAGAAUGAUCAUCCUUUCUUGAAUUCUAACGUCUCUGCUGAAUCCUGCUUGGUAAUCAAUACUACGCACUAUGGAUUAUUACCAUGUAGUUUAAUUAUUUGAACAGUGUUUGAGAUGCCGAUUACCGAAGCUGGCCCCUCCCUCCAGACGUUCUACUACAAGAGAUCUUCUCAGUGCUCUUCACCCCCUGAUGACCCAGAGCUCCUGAAUCUAAAAUAAAACCUAAAACUUAUUUUAAAUAAUUGGUUUCUGUGGUAGACUGAUGUAGCAAAGAGAGUUUUAGUCUAAAGUCCAAAAGGUUGCAUGUUCUCAUUGUGUAUAUAUUGUGUAUAUGAUGCCACCGUAAUGUGGUUUUGUUAAUAAGUGUUGAAUGUAGUACAAAAGGCUGUAAUAUAUAAAAUAUGACCCUGAGAACCAUAAUUUUCAGGCCGUACUGUUGAAAAUGGACCAGAAUUUACAUGUUUUAUAACUGUAAAGACUUCUUAAGUCUCUGCUCCUGAGAAACGAUGGUAUUAUCAAACCAGCUGAACAUUAUAGGGGCUUUCAUAACAGUAGCAUGAUGAAAUCAUUAUAAUAUCGCCCAUAUAGAACCAACCUGUACCGUCUGUGUUAAUAUGUAAUAAUGAACCUCUCUUGUCUUUAUCAUACAGAUGUUAUCAAUUGUUAAGUUAAGGUAAGUAUGUAAUGCGAAUAUAUUCUGUAGUAGGUUCUUUCAAACUGGGAAGGCAUUGCACCACCCACCCCAGCCAACCCCACUGUAGAAUCCAGCAUACCCUUGUCCUCAGUCCACCUGAUGAAUCCUGUUUAGGGUUAGGGCUAGUUUGUUGUAAAUCUAAACUCAGACCACAGUCGAUUAGGAUUGAAUGAUGAUAAUGUAUUGGGGUGGAGGGGCAUGAAACAAACACAUAAUAUAGAUAACAUAUUAUCGAUCGAAUGCAGAAACAAAAUCAAUGUCUCGUUAGAGAAAAUGCAAGUGAAGGUUUGUCUUUGUGGCCGCAGUAGCAGUAGAGGCUUGAUGGUUUUCAAACUGCAUGAAUAAAAUAAACAGCAAAAAUCAUCUGUGACUAUGUGGUCCAGGGUUGAUAUGCAAUGUGAUAAAUGUGAUUACUUUCUCCUUUAGUGCGAGAUGCAGACUUCAGGAUUUUUAUAUAGAAAGACACUCUCAAGUUUAACUGACCCCUUGUGAUUCAAGGUUUGUAAAGGAACAUUUAAUAACA